AUGGAGGAUACAGAUAUGGCAAUCGACCGUCCUUGCCAGGCACGUCUCGAUGUGGAAAAGAACCAGGACCAACUCCGUGUGCCUGCUGAUCACCAGGGCAAGGAAUCAGUCUUCAAAAACCUGGGCAUCCUGGACCGAUAUCUCGCAGUAUGGAUAUUUCUCGCCAUGGCAGUUGGGAUUAUUCUCGCUGUCGGACUCCUUGUAAUGAUGUACCCCAUUCUUUGCAAGGUUCGCUAUGAAGAGCUGCAUCAUGUCUUCAAGACCUCCAAAAUCUGGACACAGAUUGCGUUCAGUAUCGUGUUGAAUUGGAUAGUUGCACCUUUUUUCAUGGUAAAGUCACGACCCGACUCUUCCUUUACGUUAGCCCUGGCUUGGGCUUUCCUGCCCGAUCAAAGUGAAUUGCGGCAGGGAUUGAUCCUCGUUGGAAUUGCACGAUGUAUUGCGAUGGUCUUGAUUUGGACCGGACUGGCAGGAGGCGACGAGGAGUAUUGUGCCAUUUUGGUUGCAGUCAACUCUCUUCUUCAGAUGGUACUAUUUGCACCAUUCGCUGUCCUCUUUAUACGAAUAUUCGACGGUGACGGGAUCACAUUCGAAUAUUCUGUAGUCGCCAAGAGCGUUGCAAUAUUCCUUGGUAUUCCACUGGGCGCAGCGAUUAUUACGCGCUUUCUCCUUCUCCGGGCUGCAGGCGAAGCGUGGUAUAGCCGGGUGUUCCUUAAGUUUGCUAGCCCCUGGUCCCUCAUCGGACUCUUGUUUACAAUCCUGGUACUCUUCGCUUCACAAGGGCAUCAAGUUGUUCAUCAGAUAGUUUCAGUCAUUCGCGUCGCCGCUCCACUAGUCGUUUAUUUCACGGUGAUAUUUUCACUUACCAUGAUCAUGGCAUACAAACUGGGAUUUGGCUACAAGCUAGCUGCCACACAGAGUUUCACCGCUGCUAGCAACAAUUUCGAACUCGCCAUUGCUGUUGCUGUUGCGACAUUUGGUGCGGAUAGCAAUCAGGCUCUUGCAGCUACUGUUGGACCUCUCAUUGAGGUCCCAGUCUUGCUCGGGCUUGUAUAUGGUGCUAGGUUUGUCGCCGAUCGGUUACGUUGGCGUGAUUAA